AUGUUGUUAUUUUUUGACAUGUUUCAAUUCGUUUACUCGUUUAGAAACUUGUAUUUACUAUUGUUUUGAUCUCCUCUUUUGAGAAAAUAGGCUGGAUAUAAGAUUAAAACAGUACCGUACAUAAAAAUCAAUUUAAAAUGUAAUUUUUACGAUUUACGGAAAUAUUUAAAUCUAUAAACAGCACAAAAUACAACUUUUAACCAAAAAUAAUUUAUAUUUUCGGUUACAAUAUGGAAUUUGAAGUAAAAAGUGAAAUAAACAAUGAGGUUCUUCUAUGCCGCACUUGUUUGAAUGGGGAACAGAAGUUGAAACCAUUAGGGCAAUUAUCUGCUAUUUUUCGAAAAUUAUUUUCGGAUUGCGAAGGCUUAUUCGACUUGGAAAUGAUUGAAAUAUGUUUGGAAUGCGAAGCCAUGCUGAAAAGGAUUGAUGAUUUUUACAUUCGCGUGCAAAGAGCUAUCGGACUAUUGUUGAGUGGAACGAAAUUCAAGAGUAGCUCUCUCUCGUCCCCAGAAACAACGAAGCAAUGCGUGCAAACAGAAUGUGUAGAGAUAAAAAGCGAAUUUAACAAAGAAGCUUCUGUAGUUUUAGAUGCAGAAGAAAUUGAAAAUAAAAAGCAGAGAAUGAAAAAGCAGAGUAACUGGGCGAGAAGACGAGCCUUAUUAAACAAAAAGCCCAAAUAUGUAAUAAUAAAAUUACAAGAGAACACAAUGUUUAAGAAGAAGAGAUUCAACAACGUUGACGAAUUGAAUUCAUUUCUGAAUACCCACAGAUGCAGUGAUCUUUUUAAAGGGAAAGAGUUCAAAUGUGAAUCUUGCGUGUACUUUUUCAAAAAUAAUAGGUUACUGGAGAGUCAUAACAAGAGAUAUCACAAUAAGAGAUUGUCAUACAUCUGUGAUAUCUGCGAGUCGAAUUUUCCCGACAAGCUUCGCCUGAAGAUGCACAUCGCCAGCCAUUUUGACGUUUACGAAUGUCAGUAUUGCGGACAGAUAUGUCAGGGUGACAGCUCGAAAGGUAGACACGUCAGGGAGCACGGCGCAGUGUUGCAGUGCUUGAAAUGCGACGCUAAAUUUAGUGAACGUCGUGACUUUUACGCGCACCACAGACGGCUCCACGAGAGCUUCGUCUGUCAUCACUGCGGAGUGUCCUUCAAAAUGAGGUACUGCAUCAAAGAUCAUUUGAGAAGGAGACACGCCCCGAAGAAGUGCACGUGCUGUAAUAAGACAUUCGCCCGUUACAAGUCGCUGUGGAUGCACACGAGGCUGUCGCACGCAUCCGCCGUGCCCGCUUACUGCGUGGAGUGCGACAAGCACUUCACCGACGUGUACAAAUACAGAAGACACUUGAACGGCCCGAAACAUAAGCCGGGGAAGAAGCGGAGGAUCCCAUGUCCGAAUUGUGGAAAGGUCUUCAGUAAAAACAUAUACAUGAAGAACCAUUACGAUUUGGUUCAUUUGAAGAAGAUUCACAACAGAUGUGAAGAGUGCGACAAGAACUACUUAAGGAAGGCGGAUCUGUUGAAGCACAAGCUGAGGAUCCACGAAGGGGUCUCGCCGCCUCGGAAUAAGAUCUGCGGCGUCUGCAGUAGGGGGUUCACGGUAAGCUAUUUCAGGCACGUUCUAGAUUGUUCGACGGGAACGCAAAGUCGGAUGAAUUGUUUUAUUUUGUCAAUUUUAUCUGCGGGUCAUCAUAAUUUCCUACAGGGGCAAGGGACGGUCCUUGAGGCUAAUACCUCCGUCCUUCAGGAUACGGAUUAAAAUGAUUCAGUCCGCAUUUGUGAAUUGGCUAAAGCACAUUGAUAUAUAUGUCGGAAACGAUCAUUAGUUUGGUAGCUAAACGAAACGCAGCACGAUUGCCUAGAGAUGGCAGCAAGAUUGCGGUAUCGUCGGAA